GUAAAGUGGCCACACGGUGAGCCUGCCAGUCCGUCCGAGCGAGUCGCUCACAGCGCAGAUCCGCCGCUGCCGCGCAACGAGCGCACAGAGACGCGUCUUCCCAGUCCCGUCCUCUGUCCACACUUAAGCGACGAGCCUGGGCCGAGCACCGAGGGGGUCUACUCGCAGAGCAGCGCACGGCCACCGCACAGUGUUGCUCCACUGGCUGUAAAAUGCAACUGCGGUCUUUGCGGGAUAAAGACAGCGCUCACGCAUAACCAUCGCCGUAGCGAAACAAGGACAAACGCCCGGAGGAGGAGGCGACAGGAGCGGCGAGCGGAAGCAGAGGUGCAGACGACAAUACUCCAAAGGUCUAAUUUGUCUGUGAUGAGCAUCCCCAUCCACUGGAGACCAAAGGCCUGCCCCCGUUCUUCCCGCUGAGAGGAAGUGAUGUCACGUCACCACCACCGCUUUGAGAGGGACUACCGGGGGCCCUGGGAUCGGAGAGACAUCCGUCCCUCUGGCCUUCACAAUGGAGGAGCCAACCAUAGCUGUGCCUCUGCCGUCGUCAAUGGCAACAACCGUCCGGGGCUGCUUCCCCUCCCGGUCAUCCCUUCUCUCCUCCCCACUCCGGUUACAGUUGCCGUGACAACGUCGAGCUGUGACCUAGUGGUCAAGCGAGGCAUCACGGCGGCAGGAUCAGUGGCUCCAGCGUCGGCCAAGGUCUCCGGACUGUCUCCUGGAGACAACCAGACUCCAGGACUGCUGCUGGCUCCGGGAGUCAGGUGGGGACAGACGCCCAUCAACCAGCUCACGCCCUGGGAUACAGACGAGCCCCCUGCCAAGCAACACAGAGACGGCGAGCCCACCGGUCCAGCCUGGGCUGCACCAGUAGCUGCUGUAAGCCAGCAGAGUCUCCUGCCCCAUUCCUAUGGCCUCCCUCAACCUCCGUCCUUCAGCCACAGUGUGACCGCGCAGUCACCCAUCAUAGGAGUAACCCCGUCCAUCCAGACACAAGUGGCCCCGCAGCAUCCCCUCAUGACCACCCACUUCCAGCUCACACCGCAGUCGACUCAGCAGGGGCCCUCCUUGGUGCUGAGCAUGCCCAGUCAGCCUCCAUACCCGGCAGCUCAGCCAACGGUUACACCGACCGCCCUCACUGCCCAAGCCAACCCGGUGGUUCAUCCAAACCCUCACAGCUUGAUGGGCAAUGGCCACUUAACCUCUCACUCCAGUCUCCUCCAGCCCCCUCCCCUUCCUCUCACCAAUGGACAGGCAGCAGUGCAUGCUCAGCCUACGCCUGCAGACAAUCAGGACGCUCCCAAUGGGUUGCAAAUGCUGCGGACGGUUGGGAGCGGGAAGUACGAGUUCAGUGACCCGGGACACCCCAAAGAGAUGUUGAAGGAGUUGAACCAACAGCGCAGAACAAAAGAGUUUACAGACCUGAAAAUUAUUGUUGAAGGCAAAGAGUUUGAAGUCCACCAAAAUGUUCUAGCUUCCUGCAGCUUGUAUUUCAAGGACCUGGUGAAAAGGUCGUCAGGUGAGACAAAGAGCGGGGAGAUGCUGGAGCUCACCAUGAGCAACAUCGGCGCUGAUGUGCUGGAGCUGCUGCUGGAGUUCGUCUACACGGGUUCGCUGGUUAUCGACUCGGCCAACGCCAAGACGCUGCUGGAGGCCGCCAACAAGUUCCAGUUCAACACCUUCUGCAAAGUCUGCGUCUCCUUCCUAGAGAAACAGUUGACUGCUGCUAACUGUCUGGGUGUGCUGGCCAUGGCUGAGGCCAUGAGUUGCACGGAGCUCCAUAACAUGGCCAAAGCGUUUGCACUUCAGAACUUCCCUGAGGUGGCAGGUCAGGAGGAGAUUUUAAGUGUGUCCAAGGAGGACCUGGUGACAUAUCUGUCCAAUGACAGCCUGAACACAAAGGCAGAGGAGCUGGUCUAUGAGACUGUCAUCAAAUGGAUUAAACAAGACCCCAGUUCAAGAGUACAGCAUUUAUCCGAGCUCUUGGCGGUGGUUCGUCUUCCCUUCAUCCACCCGUCCUACCUGCUCAACGUCGUGGACAACGAGGAGCUGAUCAAAUCGUCAGAGGCCUGUCGAGAUCUGGUCAACGAAGCCAAGCGUUACCACAUGUUGCCCCACGCGCGGCAAGAGAUGCAGACCCCCCGGACCCGGCCGAGGCUUUCUGCAGGUGUAGCGGAGGUGAUAGUGCUGUUGGGAGGGCGACAGGCCAUUGGGAUGAGCCAGCGCUCCCUGACAGCAGUCACAUGCUUUAACCCCCAGAACAGUAAGUGGUACCCGCUGGCCAGCCUGCCCUUCUACGACCGCGAGUUCUUCAGUGUCAUCUCAGCGGGAGACAACAUCUACCUGUCAGGUGGCACAGAGUCGGGCGUGAUGGUGGCCGACGUGUGGUGUUACAUGUCCCUGUUGGACAACUGGAACCUGGUGUCCCGGAUGACCGUGGCUCGCUGCAGACACAACAGCCUGGUGUAUGACGGGAAGCUGUACACCAUCGGAGGUCUGGGCGUGUCUGGCAACCUGGACCACGUAGAAAGGUACGACACCAUCACCAACACAUGGGAGACUGUUUCUCCUCUCCCUAAGCCGGUCCAUUCAGCGGCUGCCACUGUGUGUGGAGGAAAGAUCUACGUUUUUGGGGGUGUGAACGAGGCUGGCCGCUCGGCGGGCGUCCUCCAGUCCUACAUACCACAGACCAACGCUUGGAGCUUCAUUGAAUCACCCAUGAUAGAUAACAAAUACGCCCCUGCGGUGAGUCUAAAUGGUUUUAUAUUCAUUCUGGGAGGGGCCUACGCUCGAGCCACCACUAUCUACGACCCGGACAAAGGCAACAUCAAGGCCGGACCCAACAUGAAUCACUCUCGGCAGUUCUGCAGUGCCGUCGUCCUGGACGGUAAAAUCUACGCCACAGGAGGCAUCGUGAGCAGCGAGGGUCCCGCCCUCGGCAACAUGGAGACGUUCGACCCUUGCACCAACGCGUGGACGCUCCUGCAGUCGCUGCCCUGCCCGCUCUUCAGACACGGCUGCGUGGUCAUCAAGAAGUACAUCCAGAGCGGCUGACGGUAGCGCACCGGGUCGCAGCCAAACCACCAGCCGAACGAUGCGCGAUGACGGCAGCUCAGAGCCGGGUCUGUCGACCGUUUGGUCGGUUUGCAUCGAUCCGCACGGCUAACCCUGCAAACUCACACCCGCCCCCCCCUUCUCUCGUGAAACAAAACCCUGUGCAGAAUGUACCACAUGCUACUUAGCCAUGCCAGGUGACGAUGCCUAACCUCGAGUGCUGUACGUGUCAUGGUAGUAGUUCAUCCUCUCAUCCAACAGGCACAGGGACCUUCUUAGUAACUUAACGGUUUGUUUAAGUGGAGUUGUCUGGGUUUGGGGUUUUUUUUCAGUUGCGUCUCUGCCAGAUCGUUGUGAAUUCUCCACUUUCCCCUCGCCUCUGACCCACUCUGAGCUCAGUGAAAGCCAUCACCGGUCCAUGCUUUUUGUCAUUUUCAUUAAAUUCCGUUCGCCACGUCUGGGCUCCAUAAGACGGCUCUGACAUUUACACGGCGAGGAGGAAGCACGACGGAGUCGAGCGGGGCCGCUUUCCUCGUCAUCUGCGGGUCGGAGGGGGUUCCUUCUCGUCGCCGUGUCAGGAAGCAAGGUCCUUGUAUGGGGAUUUACGAGGUAGUUCCAGAACCAGACUGUGAACCCUCCGUGACCCAGUUUUUGUUGGGGUUUUUUGUUUCGUUUUAUAUUUUUGACGAAUAGUUAAACACAGAAGAUGGUCGAAUCUGGGUCACAUAGGGUUCACCGCUGAGAUUUCAAGAUUCGUGUUGGAGUUGCACAACAAGAGGGAAAUCGUGGGAGCUUUCCUCUACCUUUACUUUCUGGGACAAAGAUUACAUUACAGCAGCGAGGAGGAAUUUCUCUUUCUGUCGCCGUCUGAUCUGAUACUGAAGGUGGAGGAGAAAAAUAAAGCACAAUAUUCACCUGUGACUGUUAUCAUAGAUGUUAUCUGUUGAUUCAUGGGUUCUCAUCUUCCAUCAGCCCCCACCCUAUGUUCUGAUUUAUACAGUGUGUUUCAUUGCAGCCCACACAUGAUGGUGGGUUGAUAUUCUGUAAAUACAGGAAGGAAAUAUGUAUAUUUUACAACCUGAAAGCAAUUCUGUAUAAAUGUUUUUAGAAAAACAAGAAAAAAAAAGACUAUUAGGAUGGAUUCAACAUAUGUCUGUAAAUCUGUACCCAGAAAGGAGAAGCUAACAAUUGUUACUAUUAAACCCUAAUACAUAUACAAGAA